ACGUCAGUUGGAAGUUGGACUUUUAUUUAAGUCGCGCGGCAAAAUUGUGAUCGCAUCGUGGUUCCCAUAAGAAUUCAUUGUUUGCGCAUUCCCAUUAUAGUUCUUAAAAUAUGGUUAAGUUACCGCUACGUGUUAUUAAAAUAUUUAUUUACAGUUAUCGUAGUUUAGUGUGUUGAGCUUUGUUUUCUUUUUUUGAAAAUACAUAGUGUAUGCGAAGGUGUGUCUGUCGUGCGAAGGUUUGAAUUUCGAACCUAGUGAUUGGUGCAUUCGCGUGAAAACUAAUGAAAUGUGCAAUUAAUUUGUUAAAAGAGAUGUUACCUGAACGUAAAUUAGUUCUAAAUCAGUUGUUUCAUACUUGAGUGAUUUGUGCCUGGCUGCGAGACGAGUUAUCAAGUAAACAUGUGCAGGAUACUGGCAAGGAGAAACAACAGAUCCUAAUGUAUACAAACGCCAAAGAGAUAGGCUGAGUCAUGCAGCCAUGGCCAGCGGCAAGGUCCUUUAUUCCAUAGCUGUGGUGGUACUUGGCUUUAUCUGCUUUGUCGUUGGAGCUGUAGCAGUGGGGUUGCCCGCUUGGGGACACUUUUAUAGCUUUGAUAACCCAAACUACGACCAGGGCUACUUCGGACCAUGGCGUGUUUGCAAGAGACUGCUCUACUACAGGGAGAAAUGCGGGACCGACGUCUCAAAGUUCCGGCCGUCUACGGCUGUUUACAUAGCUGGUGUGGUGGCAUCGAUCAGUGUGUCAGUGCUGGGUGUGUUCUGCAUACUAUCUGUGCUGCAGCUGGCCAUGAUCUCCUCGAAGGAGCGCGUCGGCUUCAAGUACACCCACCUAGUAAUGACAAAACUCGCCUUGUCGCUGUUGGCAACGUUGCUGUCAAUAGCAGCGGCCGGAUUAUUCGCAGUGCAAGACGAUGACAAGGGAUUCUAUCUAGUGAGAGGCGAAGCUUUCUACGUACAGAUAGUUUCUAUAGUAAUAAACUCUGCGCUCUUCAUAAUGUCUCUAUACGACACGCUGUUUUCGCGACGGUUGGGCGGCGAUCCGACCAAUCCUUUGGGUGAACCAGAAAACGGCACUACUAUUAAUAACCCCGGGUUCAAAGAAGGCAAAGGCAUAUCAAUGACUGAUGCUUCAGGCAAGCCAUACAGCACAAACGGUCACGGCAGUGUUGUGUCUAUGAACACCACCGCCACAACUCUGACCGGUCUCUCCGAUGCCAGCACUAUAACCCGGUCUCCACUCCGGUCUUCAUUGAAAAAACCGAGGCCGAGAGAAGGGGAACCAGGAGGGAUGGGUAUACAGAAUCCUGGUUAUUCGGGGCAUUCACCCCCCUUAGGUAGGAAUGGUAGCCAGAAAAAGGUACGAAUACAAACUCACAGCACCGAAGUAUGAAUUUGAAGACUAAUAAUGUCUUGUAGAUUAUUAAACUGAUUUUAUGCCUUUCAUUUUAAUAUCUAUGGUUGUCUUUGAGGACCAUAGUUGUAUCAGUUUAGCAAAAAACCUGUUUUUAUUUUAAAAAAAACCGAGAGGUUGUAUAUAAGAAUAAACAUUUUUUUAGAGAUUCAUUCUUAGCACCUUUUUUAACCUUGAGUACGUGUAGUGGUUAUCUAAAUGCUUAAUGCGAGAUUUUCUAGCUAUUCAACUGUGUAAAAGUUAACUAUGAUUUGUAUGCAAUCGAAAACGCCAUCUAGUGACAAUAGUGUUUCCCAGUAUUGUCACUAGAUGGCGCUCUUCAUAUUCCUUACGAAACGUGGUUAACUUUCACGCGAUUGUAUAAGUAUAAAAUCUCACACUAGAUACUCUGGCUGUAGAGAUACCAUAGCACACGACAAAUUAGACUUUACUAGGGUAUUUAUUGAAAAAAAAAACAAAUGUAGUUCUAUCUAGCAAAUAAAAAACCACAAAAAUGCUCGAAUCUAAAUUCUACAUUGCAUUUUUGGACUGAUAUAGCAGUUUUGAUUUGUUCUUUACAAUGAAAUCUCUCUGGUCUUUAAAUGGCUUUGUGUUUCCACAUUGCAAAAACUAUAAAACUGUUAUAAAUGACCCCAUAGGUUAUGAUUUAACAAAAUACCUAUAAAAUAUUACCGUAUUAAUUUUGUAAAAAUGUUUUGUAGUUCCGUAUACAUUAAUUAUAAAUUAUUCUUAAAUAUAAUAUUGGAACAUUUUCUAGGCUGGAUCCUUAAUCUAAAUUAAUUAAAAUAGCACACGCUUCUUAGUUCUUUUACAUACGCACUUUGCGGUUAGCUGUGCGUUUAAUCGCAAGCAACAAAUGUUUGUAGAUUUUUUUUACAAUUCUCAAUUUUAACAUAAAACGGCUUCACUCAAACAGUACUGGUCGCUCGGGAGGCAACUACCGCUAAGAAGUAUAGUUGCAUUGUGCAUUAAGCUUGCUGCUUGAUACAAAGCGUGUUGGGGUUGCGGCUAUCUGCAACUUUAACCGCAUCCUGCGCAAAACAAAAACUGCGUCUAACCGCACAUAUUUAAAAAUAAAAAUAUGUGUAAAACCUAAAGUAUCACACAUAGAAGGAAAACUUACAUAACAUUGUCUAAUUAUAAAUAUUAGAUAUAUUGUAAUAAAUUUAUUUAUCAAGCAUGGUAAAAAAAUACCAUUGAUUAAAAAGGGAACAUUGUGGCACAAUUUUACAACACAAAGAAAAGAAUUUUACAUUUUGUAAGCUUUUCGGUUUUUUUAAUUAUUAUUU